GGGCAGGGAAAUGUUUGAACAUUCUACUUCUAAUUAGUAAGUCCUUCAAGCCCCGGCCCUCAUAUUCUUCCACCUUGUUUGUCUAUAAAUUCCCCUCCACAUAGCGGCCAAAUCAUCACAAAAUCAAAAUGGGGUUUUCUAAAAUCUCUCUAGCGCUCCUUUGUCUCACGAGUCUAGCCCUAACCCAUUCUUCUUCAGCCCAAAACUCUCCCCAAGACUACCUUGCGGUGCACAACGCGGCUCGUGCACAGGUCGGUGUUGGUCCCAUGUCAUGGGACAACAACUUAGCGACCUAUGCAAUGAGCUACGCAAAGCAGAGGGUUGGCGACUGUAAUCUAGUGCACUCUGGAGGACGUUAUGGUGAGAACCUGGCCAAGGGCAGCGGCGACUUCACCGGCGCCGCCGCUGCGAAGCUGUGGGUUAAUGAGAAGCCUAACUUUAACAGUAAUGCGAAUGCAUGCAAUGGUGGAGAGUGCCGACAUUACACGCAAGUGGUUUGGCGGAACUCAGUGCGUUUGGGAUGUGCUAGGGUGAGGUGCAGCAAUGGAUGGUGGUUCGUGUCCUGUAACUACGAUCCCCGUGGCAACAUCGCCGGCCAGCAUCCUUACUAGCUUGUUUGCCUUGCAAGGAGAUUUUCAAUAGUGUACUUUAUAUUUUCUUCUUUCUAUGUGAAAGAUAUCUCCUCCAGUUACCAAAAAAUAAAAUAAAUAAAGAUAUUUUCUCUCUGAAGAGAAGAUGAAUAAAUAAAAGAGACUUUCACUUCUACUUCA